CUUGAGACACUGAAUCAGAGAUGUUGAAGGAUAAUAGGAUAACAAAGGAGCGUGGGUGUGACUUUGUGUUGGUUUUGUGUUUAGUUUAAGCAAUGAAGUGGCCUAAAAGAAGCUGGAAUAGAUAAAGGCACACAGUUCCUCAAUAAGAAACACAAAAGUACGUGUUGAAAUACGUUGCCGUACGGUUGUUUGUAAGUUUGUGUUAUAGCGUCAGUAGAGUAACGUGGUGAUCUUUUAACCGUGGUACAGAAAUUUGCAUCUUGGCAGUAUGAGGUACCUCUUCAGAAGAAGAUACGUCAAAAGGUAUUGCAUUUAAUGUAACCAGUCAGCAAAUUAACAACACAAUCUAAGUUUAUUUCAUACUUAGUAAGGAUAUCAUAUAUUACAUUGAAGACCAUGGUGGGGAUUACAGUUACCAUAUCCCUGUUCCUACUUCCUGUAGGUCUUUGGUUACAGGGAAUAAUUGUCUUGACGACACUGAAGAUAUUUCUAGCAGUAUUGCUUUUUAUAUACAUUGUUGUACCAUUCGUCUUCAGAUACACGUAUGCUUUACAGAGGACAAUGAUAUUCCUUAAUUUUGUGAGGUGGCCAAGGAAUCCUGACUUCAAUGUGCCAAAGAAGUAUGGUCUUGAUGGAACCAGAAAUUUUUAUGUUAAGACAACAGAGGAUGUUCAGCUUGGAGUAUGGCAUACAUUACCCAAAUCUCUCAUCAAUGAAUCAAAAACUGCUGAUGACGAGUUUUUUGAGAAGUCACUGACACGUGGUGAGCCAAUCAUACUGUACAUGCAUGGAAAUUCUGGAUCUAGAGCAAGUCCACAUCGUGUUGAGCUGUACAAGAUGCUGAGGAACCUUAAUUAUCAUGUUAUUAGUUUUGACUACAGAAGUUAUGCUGAUUCAAGUCCUGUGUCACCAUCGGAGACAGGUGUUGUGUCCGAUGGAAAAUUUAUGUACAGAUGGGUGGAGGAGCAUGCCAAAGGAUCUCCAUUGUUUGUGUGGGGUCAUUCUUUAGGAACAGGAGUGUCAUCACAUGUGUUAGAUCUGUUGGCACAAGAAGGAAAGAGUCCAUCUGGACUUAUCCUGGAAUCUCCUUUCAAUAAUUUGAGAGAUGAAAUAAAGGAACAUCCAUUUGCAAGGCUUUUCAACCAGUUACCAUGGUUUGAUUUCUUUUUCAUUGAUCCAAUAGAGCAAAACGAUCUGUUGUUUGCUUCGGAUAAGCACUUGGUGAAUGUUCAUUGCCCUAUUCUCAUUCUGCAUGCCCAGGAUGAUGUCGUUGUUCCCUUCAUUCUGGGCCAAAGGCUCUACAAAAGUCUUGAACAAACACGGCCCAAAGAUGCUGCUUCUGUUGAAUUUGUGAUAUUUGAAGAUAAGUACCGAUAUGGACACAAGUAUAUUUGUAGAGCUCCUGAAUUGCCUGACAUUAUUCAAAAAUUUCUUGGCAGUAUCUUGAAAAGUUAAAGUAAUCUUUCAAACACAGAGGUGCCUUGUAAGUACUGCAUUCUUGUAUUCUCUGGAGUUUACAUGUGAGGGGCAGUAUUUUAGUGUCAUUUGUUGUUACUACCUACCUUUUUGUGCUGUCAGUUUUUUUGUAAAUAAAAUCAACAAGUUUCUAUAAAA